AUGACAAUAAUCACACACAGCCGUGUAGACGCCCAGGAAAACCAUGUGUCAACGGCGACCCAGACUAAUCAAGCCUCAAUACGCGCGCAAUUUCCUGAGCUUGAAGUCCCGGCUAACUCUCCUCCGCCUAGUGUGACUUCCGUCACCGACACUCUUCCCAAAGGAGGCCGCAAGGGCAAUCGCCCCGAAGAGGAGCUCGGCGGUGUCACCAACAAGGUGGGUGAUGCCCUGCCUAGCACUGGCCUGACCAUGCCCAAUGAAACCAAGGGUGGCUCUGAGGGCAAGGAAGGGCGUCUGAAUAUCAAAAUCCACCUCAGCCUCUACGCGAAGGUCCGUCUGGAUCUCGAUGCCCAGAUCUAUGGUGAUAUUGUGAUCGGUCUGCUUUGA